AUGGACAAUAAGUUAUCGCCGGUAAUGAACACAAACAUCAAGGUGUUUGACACGAGCCAACUAACACGUGAUGAUCUCAGGCUUAUAAUUCAUGCAAACGAUGACAAUUUGCUUCAGGAGUUGGGUGAAGAAUCUUCGGGAGAUUUCGAGCCUUUCGUUAAACCUAAAGCCAGAGACUUAUUGGUGGCAAAGGAAAGGACUUUGGAUAAACAUGAUGAUAAAAUUACUGAAAGGGAUUGGGUUCACUACAAGUUUGAGAAGUCAUACCUUUUUAUCAACCGUACGGCCACUAAACACGAGGCCGAAGAGUUGUGCCAUACGCUGGACGGCCAGCGCCGGGACGAGUCGGUGACACUGGCCGUGCCGUCCACUCCGGACGAGCAAAGGUUUAUCAACGAUUACUUAUUCGCCAUAAAACACGUGAUGAAGAACGUAUGGAUCAAACAAAACCCGUAUAACUACGCCAAGGCAUUGGCCAACAGGACCAGUACCCGGAGCUCCCGUCGUGUGUAUCGGCCGUACGCUAACUGGGCUGAAGGCAGGCCUACGCUGACAAAGCCGUGCGCACAGAUCCGGUCGCCGUAUACUGUGUUUGGCGACAGUGACGGCCGUAUAGGCGCCAAAUGGGAGGACGUGUCCUGUUUUCGGCGCAAUGUUGUGCUCUGCGAAAGAGCCCAACAGUGGUCUCAACAGCAGUUCAUACGAGUGGCACAGGAGUUGAACCGGGAGUUGGAUUGGCUCAAAAACAGAUAUGUCAAAGUGCCAGAUUCAAUUCCCGUUGGUUUCACAUACAUCCAACUGCCCCAUCAGUUAGAGCCGCACCAAAUAUGGCCCCGAUUUAAGUGGACAGACAUCAGCCAUACAUACGCCGGGCUAUUCAUGCGUGUAUUGGGCGGACAGUCGGCUCCUUUCGGUAAAGUGCAAGAGUCAGGUGCGCCCCGAUUGGCAUCCAUUAAGAGCUAUGGUCUGCACGGCGUGCCCGCAGUCGACACACACACCGAAGAGGUCGGCGCCGACAACCAGUGGUCAAACGGACACUACAAUGGAUUUCCCAUUGCCUUCAAAGUGACCAAAAGUGAAGUCAGGCCUAAGAAUAUAGCGAUCAAAGUGUGGAAACGUAUUAAAUAA